AUGAACGUGGAAAUUGUGUUACAUGAGCCGGAUGCAACAAUUGUAGCGAUAGCAACCCAACCAACAAUUAUGGAAGAGAUUAAGCAACGGCAACUAGAAGAUGAAUUUCUACAGAAAAUUUGUGAUGAACUGGAAACGAAACCAAAGCCCGAGUUCAAAGUUGAAAAUUCAGUUUUGAAAUUUCCAGGUAGGUGGUGUGUUUUCAAUGUGCCAGAAAUCAAGAAGAGAAUCAUGGAGGGAGCACAUAGCUCCAAAUUUACGAUGCAUCCUGGUAAUACAAAAAUGUACCACAACUUAAAACAGAAUUUCUGGUGGCCAGGUAUGAAAAGGGAGACUGCAGAAUAUGCUCAGUACAAUGCGGAUAAGUUGGCUACCAUAUAUGUGGAUGAAAUUGUGCGACUACAUGGUAUUCCAAUUUCCAUUGUGUCUGAUAGAGACCCAAAGUUUGUGUCAAGGUUUGGGUGA